AUAACUUAAUUUUAUUUUUCAAUAGCUUAACCUUAAAAUACCCACAAUCAGACAAUGACGGAACAAAAUAAACUUGAGAAUGGGAUCAAAGAAAAUGGAGAAAGUGUGGUUGAAGAAGAUAUUGUUAAUCCAUGGGAAGUACAGUCCAGUAGUUCAAAAGGGGUUGAUUACGAUAAAUUAAUUAAGAGAUUCGGAUCAAGUAAAGUCGAUCAAACACUUAUUGAUAGAAUUGAACAAAUAACUUCAAAAUCUGGUAGAAAAGUUCAUCAUUUCAUCAAAAGAGGACUGUUUUUCUCACACAGGGAAAUGCAUCGCAUCUUAGAUUUGUAUGAACAAGGAAAACCCUUUUAUUUGUACACUGGCCGAGGACCUUCAUCACAGGCAAUGCAUUUGGGACAUCUUAUACCUUUCAUAAUGACAAGAUAUUUACAAGAGGCAUUUGAUGUUCCUGUUGUUGUACAGUUAACUGAUGAUGAAAAAUUCCUAUGGAAAGAUUUGACACUCGAAGAAUGUUAUGAGCUUUCAAAAGAAAAUGCGAAAGAUAUAAUUGCGUGCGGAUUCGAUCCCGACAAAACUUUCAUAUUUUCAGAUUUGGAUUAUAUUGGAUCAUGUAAAGAUUUUUACUGGAAUAUGAAAAGAGUAGAAAAAUGUGUGACAUUUAAUCAGGCAAGAGGAAUAUUUGGAUUUGGGGACAGCGAUUGUAUUGGUAAAAUCAGUUUUCCCGCUAUUCAAGCCGCUCCUUCCUUUUCAACGAGUUUUCCUCACAUAUUUAAUGGGAGGAAGGAUAUUCCAUGUUUGAUACCAUGUGCAAUAGACCAGGAUCCAUAUUUCCGUAUGACAAGAGAUGUUGCACCGAGAUUGAAAUUUCAAAAACCUGCACUUCUACACUCUGUAUUUUUUCCUGCAUUGCAAGGAGCUCAAACUAAAAUGAGUUCCAGUGAUCCAACCUCAUCUAUAUUUUUAACGGACACUCCAAAUCAAGUGAAGAACAAAAUCAAUAGAUAUGCAUUUUCCGGAGGGAGAGACACAAUAGAAGAACAUAGGCAACAUGGGGGAGAUUGUGAAGUUGAUGUUUCAUAUCAAUAUCUAAAGUUCUUUUUGGAAGAUGAUGAACGUUUAGAACAAAUUAGAGAGGAUUAUUCAAGUGGAAAAAUGCUGACAGGAGAAUUGAAGAAAGAACUCAUUUCAAUAUUGCAACCUCUUGUUGCCACACAUCAAGAGGAAAGAAAAAAGGUCACACCAGAAAUUUUGCAGCAAUUUAUGUCAAUCAGGAAGUUACCAUGUUCAGACAAGUAUCCCCCUCCAGAUCCUACUGGCAUCGUCGAGGUAAAAAGAAGAAGAAAAAGAAGAAACAAGGUUGAAUGUGCGAAAGACAAUGGGGAUGCUGUAGUUUCUAAGACUGGCCGCAGCUGAAGCACCAACCACAUGAAUAUAUUUUUCGUUUUUCAAUUAUUAAUAAUUUAUUGGACCCUGAAUUCCAUUUUGCGUGGUGGGAUUCUGGAAAUGUACAAAAGGUGGACUGCUGUAAGUAAAUUUUAAGUUAUGAAACCUGAAGCUUUUAUUGGAUAAAAAAGACCUGAUACUACUACAGUUCAUAUUUAAUUUGUGAACUAUUGAAAUGUAAGAAUCGUACUCUCGUCUAAUUUAUUUGUUGUGGGAUUAGAUAUGCACUUAUGAUGUCGCAAUUAUUGAUGGUUCAGUUGAAAUUGAUAUAAACAUUGUCUGCUGGCUGUUAGUGGUAUGUAAUUGAUUUGUUCAUGAAAGUGAGAUUUAAGAUUAUGAAUUGGCUUGUAUUUAUUUGAUUUAUGCUCACUUUUUAAAAACAGUACAGGACUGGCUUAUUUUUUGUUCAUAGUAGGUGUCAGUUCAGUAGGUGGGUGAUUCUAAAAUAUUUUUUUCUAAUUCAAAGUAGAACCUCUUUUUUAACUUGUGUUGCAAAAGGCUAUUUACCUUGCUGAGCGUUAGUGUUGAAAUCGAUCAAUCUUAGUGUGACCUGUCUGGAGAACUGAUAUUUUAUGUAUACGCAGGUAAAUUCUAAAAAGGCAGUGAGUAUUGGUCUAAUUGAGCAGCUGAUUUCAACUGUUCAUAGUGGCCACAUCGAAAACAAUUUAUAUUUUUAAAGUAUAUAUAGAUCUGAUCUUUUGAUGUAAAAAUCGUCAUGAGCUUAAUGAUUAGCCAGACUAUGUGCACUUUAGGUUUAUUACUCUGGGGUUGUCUUGGAUAUCAUUUGCCAAAAUUAGCAUUGCAUGUGAAAAAAAUAAAUGGAAGAUAUUGAUCGGCAUGGCCGAAAAUGACAAG